AACAAAAUGGACUUAUCAAUCCUCUAGAUGGACUCAUAGAGAGGUUUAUAACACAAAAACCAAUAUGAAUGCCCAUGGUCUUACCCAACUUAGGGCUUCUAAACCCUUGCAACAAGAUACCAAAGUUGAACAGGAACUUACAACAGAUUCCAAGGAAGCUUUUAGUGAUGUGGAUAUGGUGAUAACUCUGGAUAAACAUUAAGAAACCGACCCCAUGAUGGCACUUCCAAUGGAUAGCAAUACACCAAUGGUCACUCCUGCACCAAUGGACACUUCCACUUCUCAUACACCUCAUGCUACUGCUCUUAGACAGUACCCAUAUGCUGCUGAGGAUGACUUAAAACAGGUGGAUGAGCAAUCAGAAGCUAAGGGUAUCACAAGCUGUUUUUAUUUCAACACUACAAAAGACAUCAAGGAUGAGCACUCAACCCCUGAUCUUGAAGUGGGUUCUGUGGCACCCCAAUAUGAAUUGGAAAAUCUGACUAAGGAAGCAGAUUUGAAACAUACACAUGAACAAUCAAUUGAGGAAAGGAUGGAUGGUAUGUCUGCACAAAAUGCUAACUAUGUAGGAAAUGCAAUCAACCUGGAUGAUUUUCCGGAACUCACAAGACAUAAUUUGGAGGAGGAUGUAGACACUCCAACCAAGAAAGAUGACACAACAGGGACUGACACUGAUGGCUGAAGAUACAACAAUGGAAAACAUAACACCAACCAAUUCAGAUGCCAACCCUGUCAACAUUGGACCGAUCCUCCACUCUUUUGAGCAUGAAGGUCAACAUUACGAAAUUAGGUCUUACAUUGAAGGACAAACGUCAAAACACAAUGAUGAAAACCUCACAGCUCAUGAGUUCCAAGAAGUCCAGAAUAGAAGAAGUAAAAAGGAAGCAAGCUA